CGGCGGCGCGGCGGAAUGGCGGCGCCCCUGGGCGCGCUGGGAGCCAGCGAGGCGGCGGCGGCCGCUCGCGCCUUGUCGCUGCCGGCCGACGCCUACGGCAACGACCCCAGCGUUGAAAUGAUGUGGGCCAUGAAGGCGUACCAGCACGCCGAGGUCUACUUCAACCUUAUUUCCUCCGUUGAUCCCAAGUUCCUGAACCUCACCAAAGUUGAUGACCAGAUUUACGGCGAAUUCAGAAAAGCUUUUAGCGAUCUUAAAAUUGAUGUACUUGACCCAGAAGAGCUCAAAUCAGAGCCAGCCAAAGAGAAAUGGCGACCAUUCUGCAUGCAGUUUGAAGGGGUUGUUGAGGACUUCAACUACGGUACCCUGCUCCGCCUGGACUGCAGCAGAGACUACACAGAAGAGAAUACGAUAUUUGCCACAAGAAUCCAGUUUUUUGCCAUUGAAAUAGCUCGCAACAGAGAGGGUUUUAACAAUGUUGUCUACAACAAUGCCAAAAAACCAGCGUCUGCUGGAGCAAUGGAAGAGGCAUCUGCAUGAGGAUGGGAUGGAGCUCACCUCCAGUGCUUAACGGAUGUGGGACAGAAAACUGACACGGGAGCACCUGUUCCUUCAUAAAGGAGGCAUGUACAGACCCAAGCGAGGGUAGAUGCUCUCCCGCAGGACUGAACUGGGCUUUCGCUGCCUUUCCUACAGAAAUAGCCUUUGAGUUCAGAUUCCAUUUGCAGACUGUAAAUAAACAUUUAAGAAACUUC